AUGCAUCGCUUUUUUGCAGAGCUCGAGCCAUCUCUAUCCGUCACUGAGCAAAACCUGGCAGACCGAGUUCGGUACAUCCUGCGCUCCAACAUAUUUGGUGACGCCGAACUCGAACGACUACGACGUGAGGCUAUUCCUUCAUCGAAUGGAAAUGCUACGGCUGGGAAUGCGGCGCCACUAGAUGCGCAACAAACUGCAUAUGUGGAUGCUGCCGUCAACAAUCCAUUUGUGGCUAAUUCAGACGAUGAUGGAAUAGUCUCCCACGAACUAGAGAAAAUGAGGAGCAUAUUGGAAGAGUCGAUGCUGGAAACGCGCAGCAUGCCUCUCGAAAAUUGA